UCUUCGACGGAAUACGAAAUGAACACGCCACCACCUUGCACCUUGAUCUUUUCAUUCAUUUCUAAUAUCUCUUGAUCUCUCUAUAAAUACCAACUUUAAAGUGUAAUGCUUCCCAUCCUCUCAGGCUUGAUUGGAGCUAUUAACACCCACAAAUAUCUUGUCAUCAUUCAAUUAGAAAUAAUGCCCUUCCUGAGUGCCUUGAAAUUGAUGUCAUUUUCUAGUGUGCUAAUAAUAUUUUUAUGCCUCAUGUUCUCCAACUUCGCUGCUGCAGGCCUUAACCCUGCGGACUAUAAACUCGGGCGAAAGCUUUUCCAAGGAUCCGAAUAUCCAUCAUAUCCAACAUAUGGUGGUGGCGGAGGAUAUGUUCCACCAAACAACGGUUAUCUAUGAUUGGAAAAAUAACCAAUGGCCCGUAGCCAUGCAUCCAGUUCACUCCCCCAUACUUAGCUAAUAUAAAUAAAUAAAUUGAACGUGUCACAAUUUGAGAUAUAAUAACCCUAAUCAUUAUGUUUUGUGCGUGUUUGUAUUAGAAUUGUAAUAAACGGGGUUGUUUUCUUUGAAACCACCUAGUUAAUUAUUUACAGCUUAUGAAAAUCUCAUUCUCCCACGUAUUUUGCAA